AUGUCUUCACCUGAAGUUGAGCGCUUCGAAGUAACAGAUUAUGAUUAUUUUCAAAUAUUUGAUCCAACUGGUGCAAGUCAGAGAAGACAAACUAAAAAUCAAGCUACUUAUGGUCGAAUUAGGUUGGGCAUCACUGGUGUAGGUAUAUGGGCUGAUAAAGAAAGUGAUGACAGUGAUAAUGAAACAAAUGAAAGAACAAAGAAGAAAAAAUCUUUAGCUGGAGGAAUAAGCUUUAUAAGUGGAGGAUAUAAAGAAGAGCAAGAAAAUGAUUCUGCUGAAGAGACAAGCAAAAGUAAACAGAAAAAAAGUUCUGGUAAAGAAGGUCCAAGUCCUAUGCCACGAUAUGUUAGAGGACAUCAGAAAGAUUCGGAUAAAGAAUUCGGAGCUUGGGAAAAAUACACUAAAGGUAUAGGACAGAAACUAUUGAUGAAGUUUGGCUAUAAACCUGGAGAAGGUCUGGGCAAGUCUGGUCAGGGUAUAACAACUCCUGUAGAAGCAGUAAAGAGAAAAGGCAGAGGAGCUGUGGGCAUACACGGUAAAGAGAGGUCAGAGAGAUCGCUGCAAGAUUAUCCAGUGAAAGAUGAAGAGGAAGAAGAGAAAAAAGAAUUUCAGAAACAGUUAUCUCAGUGGAAGAAGCAGCCUGUAGAGGGUAAGAAACAGAAACCUAAGUAUGUUUAUAAAACUGCUCAAGAGGUUCUUGAAUCUGGAAGUAAACGUUCUAGCAAGCCAGCAGCCAUGGUGAAUCAGAAAGUUAAAAUAAUAGAUAUGACAGGACCGGAACAGAGAAUUUUGUCAGGAUACCAUGCCAUUGGGAAAAACCAUGACAAACCUGAUGAAGCUGAAGACUUGGUCAACCAGGAACCAGUGGUGAAACAAAGAGCUUUCAGUAUGCCCGAGUUGAUGCAUAAUCUUAACUUACUGGUAGAUAUGGCUGAAGAGGAUAUCAUUCAUAAUGACAGGAAGUUGCAGUAUGAGCGAGACCGCAUUGUCAACGUUCAGCAUGAAAAAGAGCGUCUGGAAAUGGUGGUGAAUCAAGAAGAAAAGCAGUUGCAGAGAUUACAAAUGGUCAUGAAUCUAGUUGUCAGCAAUUUCCGAAAUUCAGCUACUGAGCCAAAAACAGAAAUGCUUUACAAAAAUUCCAUUGCAACCAGCUUCAUUCAAAAUGUUCUCAUGAAAAGCUGGUUUCUCUUCAAUUGUGAAAAUUUAGCAAGAAUCUUUGAUUGGUAA